UGAGCACUUUGGAGGUUUCCAAAGAAAACAUCAAGAUCUGUCGAAGACGCGUAGGAUCAGUCGAUGCCAGCGGUAUUUCUAACCACGAAGGAUCAGUAUCUUCUAGUUAUGUGAUGUCAAAACCUGGGGACUCCAGAACAACAUAGUGUGCAGUGAGAGUCACUGUAAAAUGGGAACUGAUGACACUGACUAUAUCAAAUUGCCAUCAGCACAUGUUCCCAAGCACAGUAGGGAUGGUUGUACUACGUUCCUGUACUGCCUGCCUGCUCCACUUUCUGGUACGCAAACUGCUGUGCUAAAAUACAGAUCUGCCAUUAAAAGUUUCCAAAGAAGCAGCCUGCUAAAGCAGAUGUACCUGUUCAACUGUCAAGGUGUGGAUCAUGGGAGAACAACUGUUGAACAACAGCAUCCUUGAUCAAUUUAUUAAUAGCCAUGAGCAGUCAUAUGAAGAGUUUCUAAAUACUUUCACUUAUCUUUUGAAAGAGGAAGAGGGAAAGGCAAUUGAAGGAAGUAAAGUGGACUCCCUAAGAAAAACAUUUUCUACUUCUGAAUUAUCAAACAGAAAUAAACAGGAUGGCUCACCUGGAAGAAGCAAAGAAAUGUGGGUGUCUCUUCCACUACAGAUGCCAAAUGAGACUGAGACAGUAAUGAAUGAGAGCCGGAAAGCUGGUGGCUCUGAUGGAAAUGAUCUCAGUCUGUCUGAAGGAGUGAAGGUGGACAAGUGCUUAGAUUUGGAGGAUAUAGACACAGGCGAAGAGACAUGCAGUGCAGGGUCAUUAGUUCUCCCAGGAGAAGUGGAACAGACAGUGACUUACUGUACACCAUUCUUUGAUAAGCCUGUUCAGCUGAGGUUCAGAACCUUGUCAGUUCCACAGCCAUUGGACAGCAAAGCCCAAGAGUUUUGCUUUUCAGACCUGGGGGUCCCAGUGGACAGAAAGCUCAACAUGAGCAAACAGUGUGCUGCUGCGGCCAAGGCGGCCAAUGGGAUGCUGGGCUGCAUCAAAAAGGGCAUCGCCAGCAGAGAGAAAGAAGUCAUCAUCCCACUCUACUCAGCGCUUGUCAGGCCACACCUGGAGUACUGUGUGCAGUUCUGGUCCCCGCUAUACAAAAAGGAUGUGGAGAGGCUGGAAGGGGUCCAGAGAAGGGCCACUAAGAUGAUCAGAGGACUGGGAAGCUGCCAUACGAGGAUAGGCUGGGAGAACUGGGUUUGUUCAGCCUUGAGAAAAGGAGGCUUAGAGGGGAGCUCAUCACCAGGUAUCAGUACUUACGGGGCAGCUACAAAGAAGAUGGAGACUCCCUUUUUACAUGGAGUGACAUGGAGAGGACAAGUGGGAAUGGACACAAGUUGCUCUUGGGGACAUUCUGAUUGGACACCAGAGGAAAAUUUUUCACAGUGAGGACAGUCAACCAUUGGAAUAACCUCCCCAGGGAGGUGGUUGACUUGGCUGCAUUGGACACUGGUAAGAUACGGCUGGACAGGGUGCUGGGCCAUCUUGUCUAGACUGCGCUUUUCCUAGAAAGGUUGGACUAGAUGAUCCCUGAGGUCCCUUCCAACCUGGGAUUCUGUGAUUCUGUGUGAUUCUGAACCUUUCUUUUCCAGAUGGAAUUUUACUUCUGGUGCCAAGCACUGAGGAAACAAAAACGCAUGUUUCUUCAAACCACCCCCAUCCUAUUAACAUUCAGAAAGAUGUUUGCUGAUGUGUUCAGUAGGAAAGGAAACUGAUUGCUACCUCACACUAAAGUUUCUCUGUUUUAAAUGUUAAUUGUUUUAAGCACUCUGGAGUUUUCUGUGACCUCUAGGUCUUUUUUUUUUUUAAUGAUGGUUGAUACAAUCUCUCAGAAGGGGAGGAAAAAAGUACUUUGCUGGCCUAGUUUCAGGUAACCUCUAAAAGUUCAAGUGGUCCAAUUACACAUAAAAGAACAACAACUUUUAUAAAGCUUCAUUGGAAUCCCAGAGGGGAAAAAUGAUAGAAAAUCAAUUAACUUUCCACAUGAAAAAAUAGCUCAUAUUGCUAAGCUUUCCUUGCAUAGUUUCUUGAUUAUGUUUGGAAGCAAAUUGCCUUGAUUAUACCUUUGACGGGAAGAAAGGCCUUUUAAUUAAUUUAAUACAUGCUAUAGCAGUGCUAAAUUGUAUCAUGGAACAAUUAAGUGGGCCUACACUGAUAUUUUUGCCCUGUUGAAAAUGGAUAUUGCUCACUUAGUGAGUCAUGCUCUUACUGGGUUGACGCAAUUAUCCAUUCAUUGCAGUGCAUGUGACAUAAAAGCUAUUAGGGCCUUAUAUAUAGAAGAGAGGAUAAAUGGAGUAAACAAAAAGCCAAUUUCGGUGAAGAGUCUGAAAUGUCUCCGCUGGUCAAAGAUUUGGAGAAAUCUGAGCUAAACUUCAGAGCCUGUACCCACACAGGGGACUGAACCAUACCCCCCUAAGAAAGCCCCUACUUUGGGAAUAUUCAGACUUCAGAUCUAUUUUCUAUUUGUCCUGGCCUGAAAUGAGGCGUGGAAGUGAUUGUCAUGUACUGACGGAUGAUCCGCAAACUCUUGUGCAGCUAUGAACCGGCAAUAGCAACUUUGUAGUAACAUUUACAGUGGGUGCUGCACUAGCUGCUUCUUAAACCAAUUUUUGCCUUAAGCCCUUAGCUGAAAAUGAUUACAUUUUUGCUGAGAAUAGGAUUUUUAAAUGACACUGUUAAUUCAAAUAUUCUAAAUAUAACAGGAAACAACACAUUCUAUUUCUUUUUUUUACAAAUCAUGUUUGUUCUUGUAUCAUUAAUGAUGUUAAAUUACAUUGUUGAAAGAAAGUAAUAUUAAGAAUAUUCUU